UUUAGUUUGGUAAAUUAGGAAGGCAAUUUUGAACGUCCACCAUUACAGGACAGCCCGUGCUAUAUAUAGCUCUCUUUACUCAUACCCCCCUUUCAACACCCUCCGACCAACCUCCUCUCCGGAUUCACAAUCCAAUUUUUUCUCUCUUUUUCCCCCAGAAAAACACAAAACAAAACAACACCCACCAACUCAUUCCCCUGCAAAUACCCUUCUCAAUCUCCACCAUUCUUCCCUCUUUCCACGGAUAUUCAUCCCAAAUUUUUGCCUCUUCUUUCAAUGGAUCAUCAUCAGCUACCUAAUAGCUGCUGGGUUUGAAAGUGAUUCAGGAUCGGAUUUGUGUUUCAAUCUGUUUGGGAAAAGGAGAAAAGGAAAUUUUGUUUCGAGUUUGUGUUGAUUUUGUGGUGGUGAUGGAACAGAAGCACAUUUUUCUGUCUGCUUUGGGUGUUGGUGUCGGGGUGGGCCUUGGAUUAAGCUCUGGACAAGCUGUUGGAAAAUGGGUUGGAGUGAAUGCCUCUUCUGAGGUGAUUACAGGACAAAAGAUUGAACAGGAGCUCACCAGGCAGCUGCUUGAUGGCAAAAACAGCAAUGUCACCUGUGAUGAGUUUCCUUAUUAUCUAAGCGAGAGGACGCGGGUGCUUUUGAUGAGUGCUGCAUAUGUUCAUUUGAAGCACUGCGACAUCUCGAGGCACACCAGAAACCUUUCACCAGCAAGUCGAGCUAUUUUGCUUUCAGGACCAACAGAACUUUACCAGCAGAUGCUUGCCAAGGCUCUCGCGCAUCACUUCGAGUCAAAGUUGCUGUUGUUAGACGUUUCCGACUUUUCACUGAAGAUGCAGAGCAAAUAUGGCUGUCCCAAGAAAGAAUCUUCAUUUAAGAGGUCCAUUUCCGAGGUGACAUUGGAGCGAAUGUCGAGCAUUUGGGAUUCCUUCUCGAUUCUUCCGACAAGUGGGAAUACCUGUGGAAACCUAAGAAGGCAAAGCAGUACGACCGACAUUCCAUCGAGAUGUGCCGAGGGCUCGUCCAAUCCUCCAAAACUUCGGAGAAACGCUUCUGCUGCAUCUGAUAUUAGUAGUAUCUCAUCAAACUAUGCUUCAACAAACCCAGCUUCUGUCAAGCGCACAAAUGGUUGGUGUUUUGAUGAGAAACUUUUUCUUCAGUCACUUUAUAAGGUCUUGAUGUCGGUAUCAGAAACGAGUUCCAUAAUUUUGUAUCUGAGAGAUGUUGAGAGACUUCUUCUUCAGUCACCAAGGAUGUACAAUCUGUUCCAUAGAUUUCUGAACAAGCUCUCGGGAUCUAUUUUAGUACUCGGUUCCCGAUUAGUCGAUGUCGAAAAUGAUUGCGGAGAUGUUGACAACAGAUUGACGAGUUUAUUCCGGUAUAGUGUUGAGAUUCGGCCCCCUGAAGAUGAGAACCAUCUUGUCAGCUGGAAAUCUCAAUUGGCAGAAGACAUGAAGAUGAUUCAGUUCCAAGAUAAUAAAAACCACAUUGCUGAAGUACUUGCUGCAAAUGAUCUUGAAUGCGAUGAUCUUGGUUCAAUUUGCCAUGCAGACACCAUGGUUCUCAGUAAUUAUAUUGAAGAAAUCGUCGUGUCGGCGAUAUCCUAUCAUUUGAUGAACAACAGGGAUCCAGAAUACCGAAACGGAAAACUUUUGAUAUCUUCCAAGAGUAUAUCCCAUGGAUUGAGUAUAUUCCAGGAAGGAAAUAAUGAAGGAAAAGACACUCUAAAGCUAGAGACGAACGCAGAAUCAUCUAAGGUAGCCCAGAGGGACGAGGCGAUUGGGGCAAAGACGGAAUCGAAAUCUGAAAACCCAGCUGCAGAAAACAGAAAUGAGGCAGAGAAAUCUGUUCCUAUAGUGAAAAAAGAUGUUGAAAAUGUACCUCCACAAAAAGCACCUGAAAUUCCUCCCGACAACGAAUUUGAAAAGCGUAUAAGACCCGAGGUUAUCCCUGCAAAUGAAAUUGGGGUGACAUUUGAAGACAUUGGUUCUAUGAAUGAGAUCAAAGAGUCCUUACAGGAACUAGUUAUGCUUCCUCUUCGUCGACCAGACCUCUUUAAAGGAGGUCUUCUUAAACCGUGUCGGGGCAUUCUACUUUUCGGCCCUCCUGGAACGGGUAAAACAAUGCUAGCAAAGGCCAUUGCUAAUGAAGCUGGAGCAAGUUUCAUCAAUGUUUCAAUGUCCACAAUCACUUCUAAAUGGUUUGGGGAAGAUGAAAAGAACGUCCGAGCAUUGUUCACGCUUGCAGCAAAAGUCUCACCUACGAUUAUUUUUGUUGAUGAAGUUGAUAGCAUGCUUGGCCAACGGACUAGAGUGGGAGAGCACGAGGCCAUGCGGAAGAUUAAGAAUGAAUUCAUGUCACACUGGGAUGGACUCCUGACUAGGAAUGAUGAACGAAUACUAGUUCUUGCUGCAACCAACAGGCCAUUUGACCUCGAUGAAGCAAUCAUUAGGCGAUUCGAGCGCAGAAUUAUGGUUGGUCUUCCGUCCGUGGAGAGCAGGGAAAUGAUCAUGAGAACUCUUCUAUCAAAGGAGAAGGCUGAAGAUCUUGAUUUCAAGGAGCUUGCAACUAUGACAGAAGGAUACAGUGGAAGUGAUCUCAAGAAUUUGUGUGUGACCGCAGCUUAUCGGCCUGUUCGGGAGCUCUUGCAACAAGAGAGAUUGAAGGAUUUGGAAAAGAAGCAGAGUGAGAUGAAGGAGAAGGAGAAGGAGACGAAAAAUGAGAUCGAGAUCGAGAAGGAGACCAAAAAUGAUUUGGAAAACACUACAGUUACGAAUGAGGCAGGAAAAGAGGAACAAGUCAUCAUUCUGAGGCCUUUAAAUAUGGAUGAUAUGAGGCAGGCCAAAAAUCAGGUUGCUGCAAGUUUUGCUUCUGAGGGAUCAGUUAUGAAUGAGUUGAAGCAAUGGAAUGAUUUGUAUGGAGAGGGAGGUUCGAGAAAAAAGCAACAGCUUACAUACUUCCUAUAGAAUGUAGAACCCAAGCUUCUUAUCUAAACACGUAAUAGCGAACCGGUAUGAACGAUCGUGGAAAAACGAGAUGUUUUUCAGGUGCAAAGUCAUAAAAUCUGGGGAACUCGAAGUCGAUCUUGCAAUGAGGCAACCUAUGCAGGACAAGGUGAUCCCCAAUUACGCGGUAUCGUUCCAAUGGUUUCUGUCAUUUGUUUCUUAGUCAUAUGGUUAAGGAAUGAGGUAAUGAACGAAUUGUUAGGCCAAUGUUCAAACCGGUUACAUCGUAUCGUUCGAUGUUUUCGAGUCUUUGGCGUUGGGAAUGUAUGAUGUAUUACGAAAAUGUGGAAAAGAUAGAUAUGUUUGGAAUCAUGAGGAACAUACCAUAGGAUUUAUACAUCAUUUAUGUGAUUUUUGUGCAUUCAAACUAAUAAGAUUGUAGAGUUUGUACAAUAAAUUUUACUUCAGCUGCCUUUUAGAGA